AUGCCUCACUCCCAUCACUCCCAUUCCGGCGAGUUCUGCCCUGGACACGCUGUGGAUGCUUUGGAGGACAUCAUCAAAACUGCUAUAUCCAAAGAUUUCAAAGUCUUGGCUCUCACUGAGCACAUGCCGCGACACGAUGAAGACCGCUAUCCAGAAGAGAUCGAGGCAGGUACGACGCUGCAGUCACUGGUCAUGAAUGAGGCAAGGUACUAUAACAAAGCACAAGAGCUUCGGGCCAAAUAUGAAGGUCGAAUUGCUCUUCCUAUUGGCUUUGAAAGCGACUGGUGCGGACCUCGUUCUCGCGAGCUGAUCGAGAAGUCUAUAGAAACGUAUCCUUUCGAUUUCUUUAUAGGUUCUAUCCAUCAUGUUAAAGGCGUGCCCAUUGACUAUGACCAUGCAGGAUAUGUUCGUGCUCGAAACUUGGUGGGAUCGGAGGAGAAACUGUUCGCACAGUAUUACGACGAGCAGUAUGAAAUGUUACAAGGCCUACGCCCUCCAGUUGUUGGCCAUUUCGACCUAAUCAGGCUUCUGAGCUCUGAUUCUAAUGUUGAGUGGCAGUCGAUGACAAGUGUUUGGAAUAAAAUUCUGCGCAACCUCGAGUUCGUUGCUUCGUAUGGCGGCAUUCUGGAGAUUAAUACUGCGGCCUUGCGAAAGGGUAUGGCUGAGCCAUAUCCAAAGUCUGAGAUAUGCCAGGCGUUUCUACGGCUUCAUGGUCGGUUCUGCCUAUCUGAUGACAGCCAUGGCAUGGCACAAGUCGCGACAAAUUAUGAUAAGCUACUUCCUUUCCUGCAAAGAAAUGGUAUCGAGCAGCUGUGGUAUUUGUCACCUGCCUCUUCUCGUAACAACUUCGGUGAUCCACGGUUUCCAACCUUGUCGACUGAUUCCGUACUCGUGAGAGACGUUGCAAGCCAUAAGACGCUGAAGGCUCGUUGA